AAUUUCUCAAUCCAAACCAGAAAAACUGGUGAAUCUCGUGAUUUCUCGGAGAAGACAACGAAAGUUUGUACAGUGGAAUUUGAACGCUUUGCUUGUAAUUAUGUUGACACCUGUCAGUACUUACAUGUGGAACGCAAACAGAAAUAUGUCAUCCUAAAAGGAUUUCUAGACGCUCUUGUCAACUGGGUGUAAGACUCUAACUUCAAUACUAGCGAUUUAAGAUAUUGUACCAUUUGUCUUCCCAUGCCUGAUCUAAUAUUUACGAAUAUUGGUUCCGAUUUCUUAUCCCAGUUAAGUCCAAUUAAGAAGGAAUGAAUUUUUUCUACAUUGUGUUCAUUUUUCAUUACAGUUUUUGCUUUUUGGUCACAAGUAAAAUUACAGGUAGCUACGUAUAAAGCGAAGUACAACGUCUUUAGGUCUUCAGUUCAUCAAGUAACCUUGAGGAAACAAAUCGCUUCUACAAAAUGUCGAAGCGAGCGAUGACCCUCGCGGUCAUCUUCGCCGUUUUGGCACUGGGAAUUAAAUGGAUGGAAGCGAAAGAACAGCGAAGAAAUCACCUAAAAAAGAUGACUUCGUCAACCCUGAACAAACCUACGGUGGAUUUCAAAAAGGAUUUUAAACGUUCGUUAGACUCAGAUGCCGAGGAAAACGAAAAUAAAGAGGAUGUUUCGAAAGAGGAUACUUCAGACGAGGAAAGCGAACAUAAAGAGAACGAUUCUACUGAAAACGAUUCAAAGAAAGACGAUUCCUCGAACUCAGUGGCACAGGAUGAUAAAGACCCUGAAAGCGACUCGAAAAGUGAAUCUGAAAUGGAAGAGGACGAACCUACUGAAGACGACUCAGAAGAGGAUUCGGAAGAUUCUCCGAGCUCAGAAACCGAAGAAGACGAAGAACCUACUGAAGACGACUCAGAAGAGGAUUCAGAAGAUUCUCCGAGCUCAGAAACCGAAGAAAACGAAGAACCUACUGAAGACGAUUCAGAAGAGGAAUCAGAAGAUUCUCCGAACUCAGAAACCGACGAAGACGAAGAACCUACUGAAGACGACUCAGAAGAGGAAUCAGAAGAUUCUCCGGGCUCAGAAACCGAAGAAGACGAAGAACCUACUGACGAAGAUUCUCAAGAAGAUUCAGACCAUUCUCGUAGCUCAGUAACAGACGAAGACAACAAUAACGGUGGGGAAUUUGACGAAGAAAGCAAACCCGUUGAUGGGAAUUCUAAAGAGGAAUCAGAAGAUUCUCCGAGCUCAGAAAGCGAUAAAGACGAACCUACAGUGAAACCCGAGAAGGUCCGGACAAAAAAGCUGUUUGGCUUGGUAAGAAAAGUGUUACACCAUUUUAAGAGAAAGUUGUUUCGGCGCCGAAGAAAAAGACAUCAUCGCCGAAGAAGAAGGCAUCAUCACCGAAGAAAGCAUCUCCACAGA